GCCUUUACUCUUUAAAAAACAGGUCCAUAACAAAUGAAAAUGUGGCCGAAGUAGUUUUUUUUACGGUUUCGUAAAAAAACUAACGGUAAACGCUAAUUGCAUAGUAACAUGACCAUUAGUUUUUUGAUGGAACUGUUUUUCAAAAAGUGAAUGUUUUGGGCUAAAUUCGUAUUUUGGUCAUAUGUUUAGGACAAAGAUUGGCCUUUACUCUUUUAUAUUUGACACCAACAAUUAAAGUGAAUUACAUAGAGAUAGUGAGAUAGGCUAGAGAUAGGCUAAGGAUAGGUUGAGAAGGGUUAAGAGAUAGGUUGCUGAUGUGGCAAGAGGAAAUUGAAGAUGAGCUAAAAUUAGGCUGAAGAUAAGCUGUUCCCUAUUGUGAAUGUUCUUAAUCUACAUUGACUCAAGAAUUGUGAACGAAACAUAUGAUAUGAAGUAUAAAAUCAGGAAUAAAAUGGGUUACAUGUAGCCUGUCUAGCUCAGUUUGUAGAGCGCAAAGCUCUUAACCUUAUGGUCGUGGGUUCAAGCCCCAUGGCAGUUGGGCGCUUUAUCAGUUUUUUACUAUAACAUUCCCUAUUUCACUUAUACGACUCGUAAGAUAUUUUCUUUUACAGUAACAUUUCCUAUUUUAUAUGUUACUUAUAAGUUAGUAUAAAAUAAGAUUUCACUUUCAUGCAGUAAAUUAUUUUUUUACAUUAACAUUCCUUAUAUUACAUACAUAUAAUAUGUUUUUAUUCAUUUCUUAUUUUAUAAAAUUAGUCGUGUGAUGUUGAUGCAUUAACGACCGUGUACCUAAACACAAAAUCCAACAAAGACACCUUCCUUCCAUUUCCCACCACACCACUGCCCCUUCUGGCCCACACUCUCAAUAUACAUAGAUAUAGCAUUCAUCUGUAUCAACUGUGGACUCAGCCUAUCUCAAAACCGUGCUCAUUUAUGUCAGACAAGAAUCUGUUCAAAAAGCUUACCACAAAACGGAGAGCGUUCAAAGCACCAAGGCCGUCUCCCUCGGCGGCGGUCAGCCUGAGGGCCAGGCCCGCCGCUGGGUUCAAAUCUUCACAAAAGCUCAAGCUUGUGAAGAGGAGCAAUUCCGAGCCAUGGCUCUGGAAGCCCGGUGGCGAUGUGACGAUCGCGGCGGCUGAUGAUGAUGAAGAAGACAACGACGUUGGAGUCCUUUACCGCCCGAGUACAUAUACCAAUAUUUUUUCUUCGCCGGAAAAUUUACUGCCGGGAAACUCUUCUGAGAGGUACAACAUGGAUACAAAGGUGGUGAUCAAUGUAACCGUGGAAGGAAGCCCUGGACCAAUCAGGACGAUGGUUAAAUUAGGAUCAAACGUUGAAGAUAUAGUGAAGCUUGUAAUGAACAAGUAUAAUGAAGAAGGAAGAACCCCUCAAAUGGAUAAACGAUCAUAUUCAGCCUAUGAACUUCACUACUCUUAUUUCAGUCUUCAAGGGUUGAGCAAGUCGGAUUUGAUCGGUGAUGUUGGGAGCCGAAGCUUCUAUCUUCGCAGGCGUAGCAGCGCUGAUGUAACUUCCAAUCAGCUGGAGGCGUUGCCGCUGCCUUUCCUUCCAACAUUCCUCAAUCGAAAGAUUACAAAGCUCAUGCGAAAAACACGAAAACUCUGCAAAAUCUUCGGUUGCAUCCCCUCUGCCUGAUAUUGUGUACUCCUCAUCCUAUAUAUCAUUAUAUUAUGUAAUCCAUUUCUGUUUUGACUAAAGUCAGUGUGUGUAUUCAAACAAAAGGACAAAUGGUGUUAAGAGCGGGUGAACAAUUGUAAUGAAAGAAAUUGCAAUGAAGAACGAAAA